UGCAUCCAACCACGGAGGCAACGGAGGCAUCCAACCUACCGAUCUCUGGUGCUGUCUUUGCGACACUUCUAGUUCGGUCUGCGUGGUUCGAUCGGCUAGUUGGGUUCCAGAAAAAAACGUGCUGUCAAGAAACCUUUCUUUUGCGUUUCUGCGAACAUGUUGUUCUACUCGUUCUUCAAGUCCUUGGUCGGCAAAGAUGUUGUCGUUGAGCUGAAAAACGACUUAAGUAUGUGCGGAACGCUCCACUCUGUGGACCAGUAUCUAAACAUAAAGCUCACAGACAUCAGUGUGACUGAGCAGGACAAGUACCCCCACAUGCUCUCCGUCAAGAACUGCUUCAUAAGAGGGUCCGUAGUGCGUUAUGUUCAGCUGCCAGCAGAUGAAGUGGACACACAGUUGCUCCAAGAUGCUGCAAGGAAAGAGGCCUCGCAAAGCAAGCCAUAAGUGGAUGCAUAGACAUGUGAACCGCACAAUGUUACCUUCAUCUCUUUAUUUUCAUCAUUUUAUGUCUUCAUGCAUUGUCACUGUGAUGUGUGCACAGUUGGUUUUGUUAUUUGGUUAAGCUUUGUGUAAAUAGGAAAUCAAGAAAAUAAACCUGCUGCAUGGAGCCUAUGUUAUAAAGGAAAUCAGAGGUGCUGAUUCUUGAAAUCUGUGUUGUUAUGCAGAUAAAGAACUACUUCAACUCCACAAGUGUUGCGUUUUGCUCCGUGGCUGUGAUCUGCUAUUGAGCUUGAGGUCACAGGUUCAAUGCCCGGUAACAUGACUGUAUUCAUAUGGAGGGCAGAAUGCAAGAACACUCAUAUUUAGAUACAGGUGCAUGUUGAACCCCUGGUGGUCAAAAUUGAUCCUAAGCCCUCCAGUGCCGCAUCUUUCGUAGGCUAGGUUUUGUUAAAGACUGAACUCAUUAGCUUCAUGGCAUGCAGCAAAAUAAUGCGAAAGCAUUAUAUGUCCCAUGAGGCAGGAAAGCCAUCGUUGUCCACAACGAGUGGGACCGAAAAUCAGUGAUGUCAUCAGUGGCUUGUAUGACAUCAAUAGUAAUACAGAAGAUAGUAAAUUGUAUAAAAAUGUUAAUUAUUAGUAAUUAUAGAUAAUUCAUGUGAAUUAGACUGAAUUUAAGUUAGAACAAGUAACUCCAAGGUGACUUAAUUUGGAGUAAAGUGAAUUAAGGUUAAAAAAAGGUGGAAGAAGGUUGGUACAACUCGGAGCAAGGUGGAUUAAGGUACAGUUGUGAAGGGAACGUGGCAGUGUAUGAUGUCGCAUGUCAUGGACAUAACUAAUUAACUAGAGAAGUCAUUAUGCUUUUGCAUUCAACUCGCUUAAGGAUACUUAAGUGACUCAAUGUUUUAUCUUUUGGUUCACUUGUCCUGUGUUCUGAUGCUGGUAGUUCAACUUUUUUUGCACACAGCAGUACUAAUGUUACGGUUGCUUGUAGCUUCCAAUAUAAGCACAUACUCAUUCUACAAAUGAUUUGAAUGUCUGUUAUGUAGAGGCUUUUCAACAUUGUUAAGUUACAAAAUUUAUGUGCAUCGCCAACAGUUGGUCCACUUUGGACUGUAAAUCGUGAAGGCUGAGGUUCAACGCGGAUUGCAGGUAUUCUAUAACAGCCACAACACUAAAAGGUGCCCUUUAGGACCCUUUAUAGUACCCAUGACAGUGGCUUGGUGGUUGUAGUGUUUUGCUGCUGAGCAUGAGGUUGUGGGUUAGAUUCCAGACAGUGGCAGCCACAUUUUGAUAAUGGUUGGAAUGCAAAAGCACUCGUGUACCAUUCUGGUGGAAAUAACAAAUGGUCAAAAAUAGUCCAAAGCCCUCCACUGCAGCAUACCUCGCAACCCUUUGUGCACUUUAGAAAUGUUACAAUGAUUUAGCCUCUUUUAUGAAAGUUGUGGAAUGCAUCUGGUAUUAAAGGGUGUCUCUUGAUGAA